AUGAAAUCUGACUGCAUUCCUGCUGCUAUCACAAGCUUUCCAAUGUCCGAUUUUCCUAUUUUGAGGGUGGUUAUUACACGCGUUAUUACUGGAGAUGCUGAACUCGAUAUAAGAGCUGAGAGGGAGACGAUGAAUGCUAUUCCAUGUUGUUGUGUGAAGAAAUGGAUAAAUGAGGUCAUUAGAAGGGAUAUCACAAAGGUGCUGAAUAUUGCUGCGUAA